UCUUCUUCUUCUUCUUCUCUUGUUUUUAUUGCAGACAUGCAUUGAUUGAAAAUGCUCCAAGAGUGCAAUUAUUCAUUGAAGAUGAACAGGUUAUGGUUGAUAAUGGCAUUAUAAAACUCAUUUUAUCGAAACCUGAAGGUCGAAUUAUCGGUUUAGAGUAUAAUGGUAUUGAUAAUCUCCUUGAGUUCAUCAAGUCAAGCACAAAUACAGGAGGGUAUUGGGAUUUAAAUUGGAACACUCUUGGAUCAAAGAAAGAUGUUAUUGUUGAUUUAAUUGAUGGAAAAGAGUUUGAAGUCAUAGUGAAUAAUGUAAAUCAAGUUGAAUUAUCAUUCCGAACAAUAUGGAAUCCAUCCCUCAAUUCCAAAGCUCCUUUGAACAUCGACAAAAGAUUCAUCGUUCUUCGCGGGAGCUCCGGGUUCUAUUCAUAUGCAAUUUUCGAGCAUCAAAGCGAUUGGCCCGGCUUCGUAUUGCAAGAAACUCGGAUAGCAUUCAAACUCAAUCAAGACAAAUUUCGAUCUAUGGCGAUAUCGGACUAUAGACAAAGAGACAUGCCAUUACCUGAAGACCGAAACAGGGCUCGUAGCAUUGCAUUAGCAUAUCCAGAAGCUGUGAGAAUCACAAAGCCAAUAGAUUCUAAAUGCAAAGGAGAGGUGGAUGAUAAGUAUCAGUAUUCUGCUGAUAAUGAAGACAGUAAAGUACAUGGAUGGAUUUGUCCCGAUCCACCGACCGGGUUUUGGUUGAUCACACCGAGCAAUGAGUUUCGUACCGGUGGACCAACGAAACAAGACUUGACAUCACAUGUUGGUCCGACGACACUUGCGAUGUUUGUCAGUAAUCACUAUGCAGGAGAAGGACUGAAUUUGAAUUUUGGAAAUGGAGAGUAUUGGAAGAAAGUUUUUGGUCCAGUUUUCGUUUACUUGAACUCGUCUCCGAGUAAAUUUUCAACCAAAAAAACUCUGUGGAAUGAUGCGAAAAUUAUGAUGGAAAAUGAAGUGAAGAGUUGGCCAUACAAAUUUCCAGCUUCAGCAGAUUUUGAGAAAGCUCAAAUUAGGGGCUCUGUUUCUGGUAGAUUGAUGGUUCAAGAUUGGGGUAUGAUUAAUGUGCCUGCAAGUUAUGCUUAUGUUGGAUUGGCAAAACCUGGACUCCCCGGAUCAUGGCAAAAGGAAUCCAAAGUAAGAUAUAUUACCGUAAAAAGCAUGAGUUUGAUCGAGUUAUUUGGAUAUCAAUUUUGGACAAGAGCUGAUGGAAAUGGGAGUUUUAUUAUCAAUAAUGUUAGAAGUGGGGUUUAUGGUCUUUUUGCAUGGGUUCCAAGCUUCAUUGGUGACUUUGUGCAUGACAGCAACAUUACAAUCACACCAGGUGGCAAGAUUGAAUUAGGGACUCUAUUGCAUAAAGCGCCAAGGGCGGGACCCACACUUUGGGAAAUCGGAGUCCCUGAUCGUACUGCAUCCGAAUUCUUCGUUCCGGAUCCGAAACCUGAUUACGUUAACAAGCUUUACAUUAAACAUGAUCGGUUUAGGCAAUAUGGAUUGUGGGAUAGAUACACUGAUUUGUAUCCAAAUGAAGACCUUGUUUACAAAGUUGGAUUAAGUGUUUAUAAGAGAGAUUGGUUCUUUGCUCAUGUUACUAGGAGAAUAGGUGUUGGGUUAUAUAUACCAACAACAUGGAAAAUUCAAUUUAAUCUCAGUAAUGUCAUCGAUGGAUUAUAUACUUUGCGCAUCGCUCUUGCAUCGACUCAUAAUUCUGAAUUACAGGUUAGAGUGAACAUGGAAGGAGGAAAUCCCCAAUUUACAACAAAUAAAAUUGGGAAGGACAAUGCAAUUGCAAGGCAUGGAAUUCAUGGCCUACACAACCUUUUUAAUGUCACAAUUUCAAGCAAUUUCUUCAACCAAGGCUUAAACACUAUUUAUUUCACCCAAACUCAAAGUGAUGUUUUUAGUGGAAUUAUGUAUGAUUAUAUCCGCUUAGAAGGUCCAUUUAUUUAAUUAAUAAUCCAAUUAAUUUGGAUGUUAUGUAAUUUAGUUAUUUUUAUUUAUUGUUGUAGUGUAAUAAUGCAAGUGCUUUUCAUGUAUGAAUAAUUUCC